AUGGUGAAAUACUCCAGACGCUUUUGCACCUCGGACGACUCGAAAAUAACGUCCGCCCUGGAGUUAAAUAAAAUUAAGAUUGAGGGCUACAUGCGAAAUAUCAACAUAGAAGACGUUAAUACACUGAGGUGCAUAGAAACGUUGGGCCUAAAUAACUACUAUUUGCUUAACCUUUACCUUAAGGAUGUGUAUUUUAUUUUUUUGCACUUCGUCACUCACUUGGCUGAUGACGAGGACCAGACGUUGCUGCAUCGGGAGAAGGAGAGAAACGCCUUUCUCUUUAAUACCGAGAUCAGGAGCUACGACUCGUUCUUGGAGGAGGUCAGGAGACUCAGGUCGGGGAGCAGAGGCCUUGGCCCAGGGGCAGAUGCCUAUAAUGGGGAAGAACCUAACAAGGGAGAAGCUACCCGGGGCGCAGGAAUCGGAGGAGCAGCUACGGAGGGUACCUUAAACGGGGGACAUUCUACCCUGGGCCAGACGAGCGACACUCCUUCCAACCACCCCGAUGAAGACUCUUCCUUUGGAACGAACCAACCGAAGAAUAACUACCACCCCCGCUUCGGGUACGCCAAUGAACUCUUCUAUCACCUCUACUCAGAGGACGAAAUAGAACUUCGAAAUAUAGACAAGGAAGUGAACGCCCGAGUGAAAAAGGAAAACAUCUUUGACAGAUGCACCCGAAUUAAUAACAACAUUAUCGUAUACAUGCUGUCUUACCUCUACUUCAACGACAAACUGAAGCGACUUCGAUUGGACUACAAUUUUCAUUUUAUUCUGUUUAACAAGGCAAGAGGAGAGGGGCGUGACAACGCGACUACCUCUCCGGCCGUGGUGGAAGUAGAAGGGGAGGCAACGGAGGGUACCCUCACCGAACCGACUCGCCUCACCCAGGAAGACCUCUUCCUCAUUUACCUGUCCCACUUCAAAUUUUACAUCGUCUCCUUUUUUUUGUAUUCCUAUGUGAAGUUCAAGGGGAGCAACACUUCGAGGCGCACCGAGGGGCGAAGAGGUUCAACGGCGCCUGGAAGUGCAUCUCGGAUGACAGAUAGAGGGGCCGCGCGAAGUACACCCCCUCCGGACAAGGAACAGUUCCUGUAUAACCACGAAGACAACCGGAAGAACGUCGCGAGUGUGUCCUCCUACAUUUCCAACUUUGUGAAUAAGGUGCUUCAUGACAUAGACAUCGCGCUGAAGACGAAUAGAUCUGCUUCUAACAUAGAUGCAGGAAGUGGAGAAACCGAUAUGGGUUCAUCUACUCGCGAAAUGAUUAACGAAAUACUGAAGAACAAACUUUCGUUUAAGCAGGUCACUCUAAGUCACCUUGACUUCUGCCUCUCUUGCAUCGUCCUCCUGAACUUGUGCUCCCCAGAUGGCAUGCAGUCAUGCCUUUACUAUGGCAUCACUUACUCCCAUUUCUGUCACACCCUCGAGAGGUAUUCAGCGUCGCUUGGCCUAGGGAGGGAACUUCAAAGAGCUAACUACUUCUGCUUCUUCGAGGGGAUAAAACAACUUUCCUUUAUCGAGCGAUGCUGUCUCUUCCCCAACGUAAAACAAAUUCGCCUGGAUUACCUCCACAGCAUUUUAUUUUCAGCCAACAACCGAAACUAUUUCUCCUUAAAUAUCAGCUUCAUAGACCAGUGCAUAGCAAUACAUAAUGAGGACAGGACUACAUACAUGUUGCAAUGUUUGGGAAUGCACAUGAAGGGAGGUCGAGUUUAUUUUAACAUGUCUAGCAGGAGAGUAGAAGGAGGAAAGCCGAAUGAUGCCCCGAGGUGUGCUCUGCUCGACAACAAACAGAACUGUGUUGAUCUGUUUUUGAAAACAUAUCAAGACAGGAUAGAGGAUUACGUGUACAUACUUUAUGAUGAAAAGAACUUUGACCGGGAAAGAUGCUACCGCAAGUUCGACGUCCCGGCCAUGGUGUGCUUCGGCCCGCGCGACGGCGAAGUGGUCAAGCGGUGA